UUGAGCUAUGUGUUUUGUUCUUGAAUAUUUACGUGAAUUCAUGGUUUCCGCGUCAUAUUUUAUAGAAUUGGAAUAAUCUCACAAUUUUCUAAGUUCUUGUUGAUAUUAUUAAAUAAAGUGACAGUAAAUUUUUAAGUGAAUGUUGAAGAAGAGAUUCUAAACUUUUACAUGAAUAAAAGUUCAGUGAAAGCUGACGGGAACAUUACUGGACGCAUGUAAGAAGAACAUUCAGGAAAAAAUCUUCCAAUUUUAGAGAUGUGUGUUUAGAGAUAUUAUCGUUGAUCAAGUAUGGUUAGAGUUUCCACACGUGCGUCCUUGUUCAUUUGGUUUACAAGCAUUUACGGACCAUGUUACACAAAUUGGAAGAAUGUCAAAAUACGACUACACGAUGUUCUUAUCGUUACUGCUCACAUCAAGUUUUUAAAUGAAAUAUUGUGGAACAGAAUCCGAAAGAGCUGUUUACUUCUCUAAAGUUCAUUGGGGAUCUUAUGGAUUCAGUCGUUUCCAGUUUUAAAAGACGACUCAGAGGUUAGUGUUAAUACAGACGACAUCUUAAAAGAUAUUUCAAAACGCAUACAGAACGACAGGAACUUUGUGAUAAUCAAUAGAAAAACUAAUCAUGAGUUCUAAUAGUGAAAACAACGACCAAGAAACAAUGUCAGAUGCAGCUUCUUCUUCAACAUCUUCUUUGACGCAUGCUGAAACGACCUCUCCAUUAGAAAAUGAAGAUAUGUCAAGUGAAUCAUUGCUUCCUUCUACUUCUCACUCAUCAACAUUGUCUGGUGCAGCUUUUUCUUCUACAUCUUCUUUGGCCCAUGUUGAAACGACCUCUUCACUUUCAAUAAGAAACUCUGAAAAUUAUUCUUCUUCUCCAUUACAAAACCAAAUGAUGUCAGAUGAUUCAGUCGAUGUCCUUAUGUCAACUUCUUCCGAAUCAUUUUCUGUAUCAGAUUCAUCUACAUCAACAUCAUAUGAUAAUGACGAUAAUGAUGAUGAAACCAGAACAGACUGGUUUGAUGCGCCAAUUUAUUCGCAAGCGUCUAUGAGUGGCGGCGAUGCGUUAUGCCAACUACUACGAGUGUACGUCGAAAAUCGUUUGACUAAAAAAGCAUUAGAAGAUAUGUUGACUACUAUAAAUUUAUUCUUACCAGAUGAACACACAGUUCCGAAAACUAAAUAUAAAUUAUUAAAAUUAAUCGAAAUGGUCUUGCCUCAUUCGCAAGAAAAUUUUUCUACAAAACACAGAAUUUGUUCCAAAUGUUAUAAGUACCUGGGUAAAUGGGAUGAAAUGCAAGUAGGAAAUUGUCUGCGUUGUAAUAAUAGGGAUGUAAAUAGUUUCUUUUUAGAGUUCGAUCUGGAAGCACAAUUGCGAAGUGCAUUUGAAAUGAGAGGCCUUAGUAGUUUGAUAGAUGCAUUUCAAAUUAAGUGCGCGACAAGAAAUCAACAGACAUUGUAUGAUUUAACGUCUGGGUCUGAAUUUAUUCGUUUAAAGUCUACUGUUAUACCUGGACCAUAUGACUUGUGUUUAAUUUGGUACACCGAUGGAGCUCAAGUCUCUAAAAGUGGGAAAAGUCAAAUAUGGCCAGUGUAUGCGCAGAUUGCAAAUAUAGAGCCAAAAUUUAGGAGGAGCUUUUAG